AUGUCAAUCGAGCUGGCUUUGCUCCUGUUUGCCACCAACAGCAACAGGUGGCAGGCAUCGGGUUGGAGCUGUGCUGGAGCUGGAGACCAUCUCUGGUUCAUGUGCGCCUGGUCCGCAUUGCUUUUUAAGCCUUUCCUUGUGCUCGCCCUGCUUGUGGCCUUGGCCAACUGUGAGCCACCGUUGUACGCCGACAAGCAGCGUCCGCUGGUCUUCACAAACUGGCCUCCCAAGAGUGCCAAGCAGCUGGGACGUCCUGCCGUCGGAGGAGGAGCAGGAGGAGGACCUGGUGGCAAACAGCGCACUCUGGUUGUCCAGAUCCGGAGCGAUCAGCCGGUGCCGCUGGUGCUCAAGGGUCGUCCCGGUCACAGCCCACAUGCCCACACUCAUGCCCAUCUGGCUCAUGCUCACUCUGUGCAUCCUCAUGUCCUGGCACAACAUGCCCAUUUGCAUGCCCACCUUCACGCCCAUCCGCUGAUCCAUGUGCCCCAGCAUUCGAUUUCGCAUGCGCACCAGCUGCAGCAUCUGCGUGGAGCCCGCCCCAUUAAACUGAGUGCUCCCGUUUAUCUGAAACCCGCUGGAGCACUUCGUAAGCCUCUGAAGAUCAAGCUGAAUAAUGUCAAGCCCAAGGCGAAGCCCUCUUUUGGCUACGACAAACCCUUCAAGUACGAGAAACCCACGGCUGUUAGCUACAGCGAACUGCAGAAUCUGCCGCUGGACACGCACAACAACUUCAACACCGAGCACUUUGCACCCAUUUACACGGUUCCCGCACCGAAUCUGGCCCUGCACAACAACCAUCUGGAUGUGGAAGACGGACAUCUUGACACCAGCGCCUACCAUUACACGCCCCCAUCCCAGUCCCAGUUCCCGUCCUCGUCAGCUCGUCCCCAGACAUAUCUGCCACCGAAGCACAAUGUGCAUGAGGACGAGACCAAUGACCAAACCAUUCGUGAUCCCAUUUCGGGUUCGCAGAAACUCUUUGCCCCAGAUCCGGAUCCCUCGCUACCCACUACGAAGAUCCGUCCGUCCACCGAGACCUUCAACACGCCGAGCAAUAGCAAGCCACUUCCCUCGGACGUCCAGAGCAAUCAUUUGCCCGCCCAACCGCUGGUGCAGAUUGUAGGAGCCCAGGCGGAGGCACAGACGGCGCCACAGAUCUAUCCCAUCCAGUAUGCCCAGCCGGCAGCGACGGCACAGCUGCAGCCGUUCCUUGCCGCCGCCAUUCCGGCAGCCCACAUACCCAUAUACAAUCCCACAUACCUGGUGACGCAGUCCAACCAGCUGUACACGCAGCACAAGCAGCAGCUCUUCAAGCCCAGCACGGAGCACGUUGUGGAAUCGGGUUACGUUAAUGCGGACCUUACCCAGGAGGUGGCCAGCAACGGACAGAUCCUGCAGGCGGCCAAGGACCCGCACCACAACAUCCAUCCUGUUCUGGACUCGGCUCCGCAAUAUGCCGCUUUAAUCGCUGCUCCAGCUCUGGGUGAGCCGGCGGAGAGUGCGUACGAGACGGCCGCCUUCCACCUACCCAAUACGGCAAUCCAGUCCACGGCACCCGAGGGCGGCUUCGUCGUGUCCAACUACUACGGACACGCCCACGAUUCGUCGCAGCUCCUUCAGGCAUACGCAGAGGAGGAGGCACGCCGCCAACAGCUGGAGACGGAACAGGCAGCCAUCGAAUUGCAGAAGCAGCAGCAACUCCAUCUCGAAGAGCUCAAGGUUCAGGCCCAGGAGCAGCAGCAGCAACACCAGCAGCAUCUUGAGGAACUACGCGCCCAGGCUCAGUAUCAGCAGCAACAGCACCAGCAGUUCGAGGAGCUGAAAGCCCAAGCCCAGGAGCAACACUUGCAACAGCAACACCAACAACAGCAGUUACAGCUCCUGCAGCUGCAGCAGCAACAUCAACAGCUCCAACAGCCUGUCCAGCAUCAUCCGCAGCCGGUGACCCAGGAUCCAUCAGCGGCGGCCUUCGAGGAGCACCAGCGACUGGUGCAGGCGCAACUGGGCAGCAACACGCCACUGCGCAUCUUUGUGCCCGACGAGGAGUCCACUCUAGAAUCGCGCCUGCAAAAACGAUCGGAUGAAGUAAAGAAGGGCACCGUGGAGAACGUGCCCAGCCUGAUCGAGAGCAGCAGCGAGGCAGAUUCAGCCAAAGAUUUGUUUGAGGUCUCCACCUCCGUUGAAGUUGCCGGCGAGCAUCUGGCGGCCAGCAGUAAUUAG